AUGAAGCAAGGUGUUUUGUUGCCAACCAGAGUUAAGUUAUUGUUGGCCAAAGGUGUCUCUUGUUACAGACCAAGACGUGCCGGUGAAAGAAAGAGAAAGUCCGUCAGAGGUGCCAUUGUUGGUCCAGAUUUAGCUGUCUUAUCCUUAGUUAUCACCAAGAAGGGUGAACAAGAAUUCGAAGGUGUUACUGACUCUACUGUCGCCAAGAGAUUAGGUCCAAAGAGAGCUAACAACAUCAGAAAAUUCUUUGGUUUAUCUAAGGAAGAUGAUGUCCGUGACUUCGUUAUCAGAAGAGAAGUUACCAAGGGUGAAAAGACUUACACCAAGGCUCCAAAGAUCCAAAGAUUGGUUACUCCACAAAGAUUACAAAGAAAGAGACACCAAAGAGCUUUGAAGGUUAAGAACGCUCAAGCUCAAAGAGAAGCCGCUGCUGAAUAUGCCCAAUUAUUGGCUAAGAGAUUAGCUGAAAGAAAGGCUGAAAAGGCUGAAAUCAGAAAGAGAAGAGCUUCCUCUUUGAAGGCUUAA